GAAACAUCACGAGCUCGGUUUUCUUUGCCGACGCAGCGUCUUUAUUUUCGUCCGACGGGUUAUAUUGGAGAAUUUGAGGGAAUUGGAAUUAGCGGUCGACAUGAGUUCCAAGAAAUACGCCUUCCUUCCUAUGGAAGACAGCGAGGUCGGCCCUCAAAAGGUUUCCAAAGACAAGAAGCAUCGCAGACGACACCGAGAUCGUGAUCACGAUAGAGACCAAGACCGAGACCGAGAUGAUCGAAGGCAUAGAGACCGAAGCCGUGAACGGAGUGAUCGCCCCUCGAAAUCAUCAAGACAUCAUCGCGACGACAGCCGUUCAAGGUCUCCACGACAUAACACCUCUAGCCGACACACGUCUUCCAAGUCGUAUCGCAAACGCGACAACGACGCUGCCUUUGAAGAUCGCUGGGCAGACGAAGAACAAGAAGAAGAGCAACAAAUGGACGAAUCAGACAGACAAGAGUCGGCCAACAAACGAAUCAAAAUCGACCACGAAGAAACGCCCGACGAUGAGCUUUCCGAUGGCGCGCGAGAGGAGCGCAAUCGACAAAAGGAUAUUGAAGAGCGAGAGGCCUUUGCGAAGCGACUUAGGGAAAAAGACGGUGGCAAAUCGAAAAAGGAUCACCGAGAUGGUGAGGCGUCUGCUCGUCGACAACUAGCCGAUGAUGCCGUCGCCCGAGAAGCUGCCAUGCCUGGCUUGCGCGAACGCGCGCGUCAAGAAUAUCUUAAGAAGCGAGAGGUCGAACGAUUGGCGUUGCUGCGAAAGCAAGUUGCCGACGAAACCGCCGAACUGGAAAGUGGUGUACGCUUGUCAGAAAGGGAAAAAGCAGAUUUUGCCCAAAAUAGAGAGAUUCUGCGACUAGCAGAGGAGAGAUUACGAAUUGACGACCACCGCGAUGGCUACGUAAUGCCAGAGGAUUACAUCACUGAAAAAGGAAAGCUGGAUCGCAGAAAGAAGGAGGACGCCAUGUACAAACGAUAUGUUGACCGCGAUGAGCAAGGCCAAGAGAGGUUUCUCACAGAGCACGACGAAUGGGAGCGUGACCAAGCAUCCAAGAUCAAAUCUCAGAUUAGCCGACCCGAGUUGGUAAACGAAGACUACGACUAUGUCAUGGACGAUACACAAUACAUUCAGUGGACCUUGGACUCGAGAAUGGCUGGCGAGAAUCCCGAUGGCCUUACCAAAGAACAGCGGUUCUUGAAGGAGCAGAUCGACGCCGCCGAGAAGAAGGCACUAAGCAUUCAAGAGACGCGAAAUAGUUUGCCCAUUUACCAGUAUAGGGACGAAUUCUUGGCUGCGCUUGAAGACCAUCAAAUCAUUGUCAUUGUCGGUGAAACCGGCAGUGGUAAAACAACACAGCUUCCCCAAUAUUUACACGAAGCAGGCUACACUAAGAAUGGCCAAAAGGUCGGAUGUACUCAACCCCGUCGAGUUGCCGCCAUGAGUGUUGCUACCCGUGUUGCAGAAGAAAUGGGCGUCAAGGUCGGAAACGAAGUCGGCUAUUCAGUACGAUUUGAUGACAACACGAGUGACAAGACAAUAGUCAAGUACAUGACUGACGGUAUGCUUCUUCGAGAAUUCAUGACUGAGCCUGACUUGGCAGGCUACUCAGCUCUGAUGAUUGACGAAGCCCACGAACGUACUGUCCAUACUGAUAUUCUACUUGCGCUCGUCAAAGAUCUUGCAAGAGAACGCAAAGAUCUCAAGCUACUGAUUUCCUCCGCCACCAUGAAUGCAGAGAAGUUUGCAGCGUAUUUUGAUGAUGCGCCCAUUUUCAAUAUCCCUGGCCGAAGAUACCCAGUCGACAUUUACUACACGCCAGCACCCGAAGCAAACUAUCUGGCUGCCGCCAUCACCACUGUCUUUCAAAUACACACUACCCAAGGCAAGGGUGACAUUCUCAUCUUUUUGACUGGUCAGGAUGAGAUUGAGGCAGCAGAACAGGAGAUUGCUGAAACAGCCAAAAAGCUCGGUAACAGAGUCAAGGAGCUAGUGAUUUGCCCGAUUUAUGCAAACCUGCCUUCUGAGCUACAAGCGAAAAUCUUUGAACCGACUCCAGAAGGAGCCCGCAAAGUAGUCUUGGCGACAAACAUUGCCGAAACCAGUUUGACUAUUGACGGCAUCGUCUACGUUAUCGAUCCUGGCUACGUCAAGGAGAACGUGUAUAACCCGGCCACUGGCAUGUCGAAUCUCAUUGUUGUGCCAUGCUCGAGAGCUUCUGCAAACCAGCGAAGUGGUCGUGCUGGCCGUGUCGGACCGGGUAAAUGCUUCCGCUUGUACACCAAGUUUGCGUAUAUGAACGAAAUGGACGAGUCGCCAACGCCAGAAAUUCAGCGAACCAACUUGAAUAGUGUUGUGCUUCAGCUAAAGUCUCUUGGCAUCAACGAGUUACUCGAUUUUGAAUUCAUGGACCCGCCGCCCACAGAGUCUCUCAUCGGAGCUCUGAACCAACUGUUUGCCUUGCAGGCACUGAACCACAAGGGCGAACUGACGAAACUGGGGCGCCAAAUGGCUGAAUUUCCGACUGAGCCGACGCUGGCCAAGGCUGUUUUGGCGGCUGAUAAGGAGGGCUGUGUCGAAGAGGUGCUAUCUAUUGUUUCUAUGCUCGGAGAGGCAUCUGCGCUAUUCUUCCGACCAAAGGACAAGAAGAUUCAUGCCGACAGUGCAAGGAACCGCUUUACCAUCAAGGAUGGAGGCGACCAUAUCACACUACUUAACAUCUGGAAUCAGUGGGUUGACAGCGACUUCUCCCCUGUAUGGUCAAAGGAGAACUUCCUGCAGCAGAGAUCAUUGACCCGUGCUAGAGAUGUGCGUGAUCAACUUUCGAAGCUUUGCGAGCGCGUGGAAGUUGCGCCAUCAACAUGCGGCGCUACAAACAUCAUCCCUAUCAAGCGAGCCAUUACGGCUGGCUUCUUCCCCAACGCAGCUAGACUGCAGCGAAGUGGUGACAGCUACCGCACGGUCAAGAGCAAUGCCACCGUAUGGGUCCAUCCCAGCAGUGUCUUGAUGUCUGUUAACCCGCCAGAGAAAAUGGUGGUGUACUUUGAACUGGUGCAGACUACAAAGGAGUAUAUGCGCAGCGUUAUGCCUAUUGAAGCGAAAUGGCUUGCGGAACUAGCGCCGCAUUUCCAUAAAAAGAAGGAUAUCGAAGAACUCGAAGAAAAGAAGAUGCCAAAGAGGAGAUAGCCUAUUAGUAGCGACAUUACUUGAAUAUACCCCGAAUCAGUACACACAUGCCACAAAUCACACA